GGGGAAAUAGUGCUGAUGUCUCACUGGAUCAGUGGUGCGCAACCCUCCUUCUCUAUGACCAGAUCACCUGGCUCCUCCUGACGCGCCUCUCACGUGCCAGCGCCGUUAAUAAAUACAAGUCAGCAGGGGGAGUGGUCCCGCAGGCGCUUCCCACAACAGCUGACUCUCUAAAAGCGGGAGGAGCGUCCGGAGCGCGCCACACACCGACGGGGCGCGCCGGAGGAAGUUGCGUGCAGGUCGUUUGCAAGUUUUGCAGGCUGCGCGCUCACUUCGGGAGGACGCGCUGCGCACACGGAGAGGAGAGGAGAGGAGAGCGCGGACACAUCCACGCGAGCUCCGGACGGCUGGAGCGGAAGGAGGUGAGAUCCAGCGCGUGGAGGGAUGGAGGACGCGGUUCACUAAGAUAGAUCAGCAGGAGCAGAACAAACGCUUUCAAGAUUUUCAGUUGCUGCUGCUGCUGCUGCUGGCAGAGAAGCGCCAGCUCUCCGUGCAUUUCACCCGUCUCCUCCGGCAGCUGCUCUUUCAAUGUUGGAUACAGUUUUGCUGCUCCCGUCAGGCUGAAAUCGUCCAGGGUCAGGACCUCCCUCAUGGCAGCCGUGCUCCUCGGGCUGCUGCUUUUUGCGUUGCAGUCCCCUCCCGUGCCCUCCAGGCCGCUGGCUGUUGGGGGGACGCCUCCACCUCCCACGUCCCUGCCGGCUGACAACGGCACCACCAGUCACCCCAAUGGGACCCUGCAGCAGCUCCCCCAGAUCAUAAUCAUCGGCGUGAGGAAGGGGGGAACUCGGGCGCUGAUCGAGAUGCUCAGCCUGCACAGCGCGGUGGCGGCGGCUCAGAAUGAGGUGCACUUUUUUGACUGGGAGAGCCACUUCCAGAGGGGCCUGCCGUGGUAUCUCAGCCAGAUGCCUUACUCCUUCCCCGAGCAGCUGACAGUGGAGAAGACGCCGGCGUACUUCACCUCCAGCAAAGUCCCCAAACGGAUCCACAGAAUGAACCCCGACAUCAAGCUGCUGCUCAUCCUCAGAGACCCCACCGAGCGCGUGCUCUCCGACUACACGCAGGUCUUCUACAACCGCCUGCAAAAGCACAAGCACUAUCAGCCCAUCGAGUCGCUGCUGGUGAAGGAUGGCGAGAUCAACCUGGGAUACAAAGCUCUGAACCGCAGCUUGUACUACCGUCACAUGCAGAACUGGCUGCAGUUCUUCCCCCUGGAGAGCAUCCACGUGGUUGACGGGGACGAGCUGAUCAGAGACCCCUUACCGGAGAUGAAAAAGGUGGAGCGCUUCUUAAAGCUGGAGCCCCAGAUAAACACGUCCAAUUUUUACUUCAACAAAACAAAGGGAUUCUACUGUUUGAGGGACCACGGGCGGGAGCGCUGUUUACACGACUCGAAGGGGAGGGCUCACCCGCACGUGGCUCCUGCCGUGCUGCACAAACUCCACCUGUUCUUCCACGAACCCAACAAGAAGUUCUUUGAGCUGGUGGGGAGAACGUUCAACUGGAAGUGAACUUCCCCGCUGACUCAAGGGGGAGGUCGGUCCAGCUGGAAAUGAAGAAAAGGAGGCGUCCCGUUUAUUCAUAAUCUAUUUUUGUAUCAGUUGGUUAGUUUUAGAAGCGUGAUCGAGCCAUCACAGCAGACUUAAAGGUUUCUUUUGUUAAAAACACCCCCUCAUCUGUCAACUCGCUAAAACAAAGCCGAGCUAAAAUGAGCACUGAGCAGACUUCCUUUAUUUAUGCUUUUUUUACCCUUAAAACUGGAGACAUUUACAGUUCCUGCUGUCAUUUUAGUGUUUUUCCCCACCAAACUAAAAGCAUUUUUGUCUUUUUUUUAAUCUUCUCUAAGAAUGUGAACGUGUAAGAGUCAGUUCUCUGUAAAUAUUUUUUAAGCGAAGAAUUAAUACCUUAAUAAAGAUGUAUUUUAUUUUUUA